AGGAAAUAAUGCCCUUACCAAAGAAUCAGCAAUCAGCUUCCAAUGGAGCAUCAAGAGAGAAAUGCCAUGAUGAAAGUGAAGAAGAAGGUCAAAAUGAAUCUCCAGAGUCAACAAAAACUUCAGAAAGAAGUGGAUCAUCUUCAGAUGAAUCAGAAUCUGAUGAAUCAGUGAUGGAUGAGGAGGAGUGUGAAAGACGAAGAAGUAGAAUUCUAGAGGAAAUGGCAGCUACAGAGAAGCAGUUCUUUCUAAUCAGGGAAAAACUAUAUGAAGAAAGAAUGAAGCAGGUUGAAGAGAAACUGGCUGAGGUGAAAACAGGGACAGCCAAAGAGUAUCUGGAACCUCUUGAGGAAUUGCAGGAUAAUAUGGGGGUUCGGAUUGAAGUUGCUGGUGUCUUGUGGCAGGUACGGCUUGCAGCUGCAUCCAUGCGACAUGAGGAAGAAGCUAAGGCUGCCAAGUGCUGCCAUGAGGCUGAGAAGAUUGACUUGUACAACCACAUGAAGCAAGACUUGGAAGAUCGAAUCAGGAAGUUGGAAGAGGAUCGUUUUAGUGCAGAGUUCAGUGAUUUUGGGGAGCUGAGAACUGUGCAGGGAAAGCAUAAAAACUCUGGGGGAACAGCAGGAAGGAGGGAAGGUAGCUCAGAUCCAGAAAUGACUAACAGACAAAAAGGGAAAAGGAAAAAGCCCACCCCUGUAUCUGGUCCUUACAUUGUCUACAUGUUGCGGGAUGAAGACAAGUACGAUCUAACCCGACAAUAA